CUGGUGAACGUCCGUAUCCCGGAAGAUGUCGUCUGAAGAUCUGCAGGGAAUGACAAAAUGGGAUGCUUUGAAGAAGCAGAAGACGAAUACGGCUUCUGAGCCCAAGGUCUGGAAAGAAUUUUAGCGUUAGCAACAAGUAAGUAACUAAGGGAGUAAACCAGUGUGUGCCAUGAAGAGCAGUGAAACACAUGUUGUGGAGGAUGGCGACUACCAGCACCUGCUGGUUCUUGGAGCCAUUGCAGCUGCCUCAGCUUUUGUCGUGACUAUCCUAAUUGUCCUUUUCUGCAUUUGUUGCCAAAGAAAAAGCAAGAGUAAGACUCCAUUAUCUGGGGAGAAAGGAACGUCCAUUAAUAUGGAUAGCAAAAGUUAUGGCGCAAUAAACAGCAGAGACUCUGUUAAUGGCUUGCCUGGGGUCAAAGGGUCGCCUCUGUCCUCUUUAAACUCCACGUGUACCCAGAAUUCAAACACGUCUGAGUGCUCGUCCGUACUGAAGAUAAGGAAGGUUAUAUUCACCGGCAGUGGGGAGCAGUAUAUCUGGAAGUCCCCAGAAGAUGACCCUUUGCAACCACAUUGUAAAGGGAGUGGACACCAAGGACACCCGAGUCUUCCUGCUACUGAGGAGAUUGCAAACACGUACUCCAUAAUUAUCAGGGCACGUAAAAAGAGGCCUCCCGUAGAAACGAGGGGAUCGCAAACCCUCCCACGCUCCUUUGGGAGAAACAAAAGUUCCCAAUUUCAAACAGUCCAGGACCAAGCGUGUCCACAAAAGGAGCCCAGCCCUGAGCCUAUAGGAAGCUGUACAUGGGUCGCAUAUGCAACGCUCAAGCGCCCGCGUCAAGAUAAGGUGGAGAAAACCAAUAACAGCACAGCUCCGGAGGAUGUCAUAACACUGAACAAAAAGAAGCAACAGCAGCAGCAACGUGGAGCACCAGCAGAAACCCAAGAGUCAGAACCUAAUGCCCUGCAUUUCACAGGCCUGCACAGGGUGGAGAACUUUUGUGAGACCGUCGGCGAUGUAAAACCAGGGUCCGACAGCACGUGCAACACCACCAUCUUCACGUUUAAUGAUGGCAUGGAGAUGUAUGUCACAGGCCUGUAGCUUACUGUCAGUGAGAAGGGGGGCCUUGAACCUCGUGUUUUAGCGUUCCAACGACAGCAAAGCAACAGAACUGGGAUUCGUUGUAUUAUACUAAACAUUUGAAAAACACCCGUCACUGACUGUACUUUUUCGAUUGAUAUACCUUUAUUUUGUGAGAACACUGUAAUGUCAAGAGUAAAUGCAGAGUAAUACAAUCAUCUAUGUAAAUAAAAACUUGUCCUACUGCCAAUCUAUUGAAAAAAAAAAUAUAUAUAUAUAUAUGUAUAUAUAAAGUUGCAGCUGAUGGACAUGAACCUGAUAGGUGUAGCCUUCCAGACGAUACAAUUUUAAUACACCAUCAAAAAAUCACAACACGGUUCCUCGAACACCAAGUUAGACAGGAAAUAAGGACAGGGGCCUAAUGGCACUGUCAUGGCCGUCAGAGAUUUAGGUGCAUGAAGUGUUUCACAGUAGUACUCCUUACUAUAUGUCGGUGAUUCCCAACCACUGUGCUGUGUGAGAAAAAACUAGGUGUGCCACAGAAAAUGAUCCAAUUUCACUUAAUUGUUCUGAAAACUAUUAUUCAUUUAUUGCAAAUAAUUUUCCUUUGUCCGUCAACGCAUAGUGACAGGCAGAACAAAUACUCUUCCACUAGAUGGCAGCAGAUUGCUAUAACUAAAAAAAAACAAAAAACUCUGAGCUGUUGAAGAUAUUUGUCUUUCUUCAAUUCCUAUGAGUAUAUCAGUGUCGUCUUCAACUAAAGAGGCUGUGAUUUCACACCAUGUUAGUAAAUUGUGAGAAUUUACACUAAAAGAUUAGAAUAUUUUAUUACAUAUACUUUUUGUGAUAUUCUGGUUUGGUGGUGUGCCAUGUUUUUGUUUUGUUUUG